CUUUUCGCGAACGUGAAACUCAGUAGUACGCUACCACCCACGCACGUAGUACGCACGUUCGCUCCACGUGUGCUCUAGAAGUUUAUCCCCGUUUCUUACAUCUUACAACGCGUGUUAACAACGAGGGAGUCCCUCCCGGGCGAAGAUUCCUCCGGCGCGUCUUGGUGGCGGAAUAAUUUGUAAGUACAUCGAGCUGGGAGCAUUCGUACCUGUCGUAACACGAGGAUAGAAAAGACGGUCGGGCCGUUGAAGAUCUCAAAAAUAAAUAAUCGAUGUAAAGUUCGUGUCAGUCCGCAAUAUUGUGACGAUUAUCAGAGCCACGUAAAGAGAAGACGGAGCGAACGACUUGCGUCUGUACAAUAUUUGCGGAUGUCAUUUUCGUGAUGUGAAGCGAACGAGGGAUUCCCCGUCAGGGAAAACACCACGAGGAUAAGCGAGAGCACAACCGGGUGAAUGCCACGAGGCUCAACAAAUCUCUGGUAUUGAAAAAGAAAUGAACCAACGGCAACGUAAUUUUCCAUUUCAUAUAUUCGAUACGUGACUUUCCGUUUCGACGAUUCGCUCUAUUAAUUCUCCAUCGAGGAACAAAGCAAUUAAAAAUUGCAAUGUCGUAUCCAUAAUGGAAAUAUUCAAAAUGACAAAUUUACGUUACGCGGAGCAAAGAAUUUUUCGCAUUGACAAUGCCAAGAUCACAGAUUUCGUAAGACGAGACGAAUGCAGGUUGCCUUGAAAAAAUCAAGAAAAGAUCGAGGACUAUAACUGUCUACAGUAUAAGAAAUCAACAUGUCCGCUACCGAAUCGUGUGAUGAUGACACAAGCCCGACACGCCGACCGAGGGAAAACAGAAUUUAUAGCGUUAUCUUACCAACCAAAACAUCACUGCUUCCGGAACUACCAUGCACUGGAAAUGAUAUACCGCCACCAAUACCACGUCGACAUUCUGCUACACCAGCGGUAGCACCACCUCCGAUUCCGCUGAGGCCACCAGCGAUCCCGAAAAGAAGCAAGAACGAAAAACCUAUACCAUUGCAACUUACAACUAGGCAAAGCAAUCAAGUAACUCCUUGUAAGAGCGAUCCUUCGUCCGCACCUUCACCAGGAAUACCGGCUUCGUGGAACAAUGUCGACUCGACAAAUCAAAAACUUAUAGAUUUGGGUACUUUCAGAAAUCAGAAUCAAGCGUCACAGGAUUACAUGCUGAGUUAUAGCGGAAAGGACUCGCGGGAAACGAACGAGCAAAAUAACGAUUUUGUGGCUGACUUCGAGCAAGCGAAUUUUCAAGAAAGACAUAAGCUGCCACAACAUUCGAGCUUUGAAGAGUUGCAAAAGGCCUCCUUGGACCUCGAGAAACGACUUCACGAGAGAAUUAUUAAAAGCGCUGAGAUAAAGUUCGAGAAUCCGAAUGGCCGUCAACAACAGGGCACAGUAACAUCGCGACAUAACAGACAGCAAAAUUUGUCAAAAUUUACGAAAGAAAACGAGCCCGAGAGCUGCGAGCAAAAAGAAUCGUCCGAGAGCAAGCCCAGAGAAGAAAUGGCGUUACCGCGAAGGGAGAUUUUUCAAAAAGAUGAAUUGAAGUAUGCGACGAUUUUAACUUCCGGCCGUGAGCGACGAUCAAAGUUCGAGGAGCUGCAGGCAGCCUCGAAAAAUCUAGAGAGACGUUUACACGAAGACGACGAUUAUCGUCGGCGCCAGGAGAUGGAGAGACGGAUAAGCAAAGACAAGCCACCUAGGUACAGAUACGAGGACCUGGAGGGAAUCCCGCAUGACCUCGACAAACGUUACCAUGGCGAGCAGAGGGCUUUAGAGCAGCAUCCGAUAAUGCGAAGCAAAUACGAGAACGACAUGGAGAGGGCAAGGAAUAUUCUUCAGCAUAAUUUGAGGAAGGAGCGAGUCGGCGGCGAGAAACUCGAGAAAUUGCCAAAAGCAACACAGACGAAUCUACCACCACCCCUGAGCGCUAUUUGUCAGAGUCCCGUACCGAAACCUAUCAGCGUCCGGCAGGACAGCAACGUUUCCUCAGACAGUUUCAGUCAAACCAGCUCGCCCAGUUAUACCAGCAAAACAAUGGAAGCACCCCUCCUGCCUCACAAGCACGGAAAAGUCCCAGACAGAGCCUUGGUGUCGGAGCCUGAUAAUUCAUCUGGCAGGCCGAUAACGAAGUCUUCGAGCACGCCGGCCAGUUUGCAGACCAUCGUUAGGAUGCACGCCGGGAACAACAACUCCUUGCACCAUAAAAUAAUCAGAGAUAUGACUGGCAGCCACUACGUGACAACGGGAAGACUACGUUUCAGAUUUGUGCAGGUUCUGCUUAAUGCCAUUGCUCUCUUGGCCAUCGCCGGCGGUUUAGCCGCAUACUUCAAAACAUAUCCUGAAAAUGACUUCAAAUUGGAGAAUAGAACCAUAUACACCGCUGUGAUCCCAAUACCUGAAAGCACGCAUUUCAUCGUCGAGGAUAGAAAUCCGGCUCCUGGAGUGUGUCUGCCUAUCAUCGUGACUUUCUGUCAGCAGCACAAGGUUCCGUACAACUAUACUGUGUUUCCAAAUUACAUGGGCAAUUUCGGACAGCGGGAAGCCCAGCACGAGCUGGAGCUUUACGAUGCUGUCGUUGACGUCAGAUGUUACGAACUGGCUGCUCUAUUCCUGUGCAGCGUUUUCGUGCCGAAAUGCGGCCCUCGAGGUCGUGUCGUACGUCCCUGUCGCAGUCUCUGCUUUCAAACUAAAAGGCGUUGCGGUUUCUUUCUCAAAGUUUUUGGUUUGUCACUCCCGGAUUAUUUGGAAUGUGAACUUUUCCCGGAGAAUCCGAAUUCCGACGAGUGCAUCGGGCAUCAUGAAGUGAUCGAAGCGGCAAGAAGGGCUGAGAAACCAGUGUGCACCAGUGGCUUUCAAUGCGAUGGCACAAGGUGCAUUCCGUUCGAUUGGCGAUGUGAUGGUCAUCUCGACUGUUCGGAUCACAGUGAUGAGAUCGGAUGUGGAAACUGCAAUUCCAGCAUGUUAUUGGGACCGGAGUAUGGUAAAUUAAAGACGGGACCUUCGAGUGAAACUACUAUUUCUGUAAAGUCUUCAUUACACUGCGGCGAAAGAAGAUGCAUGUUAGCAAAACAUAUUUGCGAUGGGGUCAUGGAUUGUCCUUGGGGGCAAGAUGAGCGAUAUUGCCUGAAAUUAAGCCAGAGAAACGGGGAUGUCGGCGAGGGCCGUCUGGAGGUAUAUCAUGCUGAAAUGGGUAAAUUUAUGCCAGCGUGUGCUUCACACUGGGAAUCAACAUCGCCGCAAGAGGUUUGCGCUAUGUUGGGAUAUACAGUUGCAAAAGGAUAUAAGUUGCUGAUUGACGAUUUAAGAAAUGUGACAGAAAAUACCAAGUAUAACAAAAGUACUAAUUUGCUGAAGCAAUUUCAAACGUGCAUCAAGGAUCGGGAGCCUUAUCCCAUGGUCAAACUUACUUGCGUGGAAUACGCUUGCGGCCGCAGACGCUCCGGAAACGUGAGGGUAAAGCGAAUAGUGGGCGGUGUGGAGUCAGCCCCUGGUGAUUGGCCGUUUCUUGCAGCCCUUCUUGGUGGCCCAGAACAGAUCUUCUACUGUGCCGGAGUCCUUAUUGCCGAUCAAUGGGUGCUGACCGCAUCUCAUUGCGUUGGGAAUCAUUCAGAAGUGUCCGGUUGGACGAUACAGCUUGGCAUUACUCGAAGACUUUCUCAUUCUUACUUCGGUCAAAAACUGAAGGUGAAAAGAGUUAUACCUCACCCGUACUACAACCUCGGUGUUGCUCACGACAACGAUGUCGCAUUGUUCCAACUUGACAGACGAGUUCAAUAUCACGAACAUCUAAAGCCGGUGUGCUUACCGACUGCCGACACCAAUCUUACACCCAAUACAUAUUGUACCGUUAUUGGAUGGGGCAAGAAAAACGAUACCGAUUCCUCUGAGUAUGAGCCAGCUGUAAACGAAGUUGUAGUUCCUAUUCUGCCUAGACAUCUCUGCAACACAUGGGCGAUUCCGGAGGACCUUUGUUGUGUCGAGAUAAAGAAGACGAGGAGAGAUGGUUCGUCGGCGGAAUUGUCAGCUGGGGCAUAAAAUGCGCCCACCCCAAACUGCCCGGGGUCUACGCUAACGUACCCAAAUACGUGACGUGGAUCCAAAAAGAAAUGUCUAAGUACUCUGAUUAUAACGAUAGAAGUAAUGGAAAAACAUAAGCCACUGAGUUUGACAAAAUAUUCGAUGUUAAAAUCAACAACAUCAAAACGAAUCGAAUGGAAAUGAAAAGAAAACGUAGAAUAAAGUAAAUGCGGAUUUUCUUACUUGACAUACAUUAGAAGAGGAAGAUACUGGAAUUGAAAGCAAUUAUGAGUUCCCGAUUUGAUAAUCUAUGCUCAGCGAUUCCUGUACGCUCAAUCAAAGGAUAGUAUUUUGUACACACCUUGUGAGCUUUGAAUCAAGAAAAGAGAGUUAAAUAUUAAUAUGGAUUCUCAUAGUUUGAGAUUAGUAGUACAGACAAAUAGGAAUCACAGAUAAAAAUCACUGCGGACUCGUUCGCUAAGCUAAAGGAUGCUAGACAAUAAAUAACUCAUCACAAAUUUCGUCAAAUAAUAAGAAUAAUCCAAUUAAGUCUACCACUAACAACAGAAAAACUAUUUAUUUCUCAUACUGUGAACAAAUGAUAGUAGAAAAACCGGAUUUUAUCAUCAACAUACAUACUGAUAUUUACUGUCGCAAUUCUCAGUCAUAGCUCGUCCAAAUUAAUACGAAAUUUCACCUUCAAUUUUUCGUAAGAAGAUUUUAUGAUAAGCCACUUGAACAAGGAAAUGUGAGAUAAUAGGAAACAUAUAGGGUAUAUUACUUUAUAAGUGAAACUACCUAUGGAGAAUAAUUGCGUACACAUAAGUUCAAAUAACAAGCCAUUUUCUAGGAAAAGACUAUAAUAGAGAAAGAAUAAUAAAAGAAUAUUAUAAAAGAGAGGAUCAAAAAUGCCGAUGUAUGUACUUUUGGUACCUACUGAAAUAAGAAAAAACUUGAGGAUUUGUGCACAAAACAAAAAUCCACGCAUAUGAUGCGAUAAAAAUAUUUUGUAUCGCUGCCGACUUUAAGACAGCCGUGUAUGGAGCCACCAAGUGGUUGAAACCCUUUAUCUAUAGGGUGUGCGUUUAACGGUAUUCAAUGAUAUGAGUCAUUUGGGUGGUGUAAGUAAUAAUGAGUCGUACAUACCUUAGGAAGCACAAUGCCCAUUAUACUUUUUUUAUAAGCCAUAAUUAAAAGAAAACUUUCCUUAUUACAAUUAUAGAAAUAUAAUAAUCUUCUUUUUCAUUUAAGGAAAAUAUAAGAAAUAUGAUAAAAAGCAAUCGUAUUUCGUAGUAAAUAACUUUUGAAAACCUUUUUCAUUUUUUAAAAUCCGGAUAAUUUGGCUUUCACUGCUAUUCCACCUCAAACGACUCAUGCAUUUGUAUGGCAAUCAUAGGAAAUCUGUGAUUUACGAACAAUCCUCAUACAAAUAUAGAAGGGGAUUAUAAAGUAUUCUUUUGAAAUAGCUUUUUCCGUUGAUAUAUCGCACAUUUACAUUUGAAAAGAGAAGCUGAAUGCUUCUCGAUGGCUUGUGAUAUGCACACAGUUUAACACAGAUAUCUUAAUAUCUUAAUAUCAAAAGUUAUAUAAUUUAGUACUAUUAAGGUGAAGAAAAACGUAGAUGUGCUGAAGAAAGCACAUUAUAUAUAUAUACAUAUAUAUAUAUAUACAUAUAAUCGAUAAACUGUAUUUUUGUAAAGGAACGAGUUAAGCGCACACCCCCUACGGGUAAAAUAUCGUACACGUAUUGCAUGAAAUGCAUUAGUGUACUAUCGCGUGAAUAUUUUAUUUAAAUAAUGCGCAUACAAAGAGACAAUAUAUCAUAAGAAACAAAGAAAAUGUCUAUGUGCUUAUUGAUGUAAAUGCAACGUAGUCAGUUACACACAUAAUCACGUUCAUUGUAAGAACGCGUGCCAGGCAAAACUAUAUAGUAAUGCACGUUUAAACAUAGACGUAACAGCGACAUCGUUGCAUACUGUGCAUUUUUAUUACACGUGAUAAAUUUUGGAUUCAACACCGUGAUCCAUAUUUAUGCGCGUGAAUCUUGGAGACAGAUCCAGUAUUACGAGAAUUCUGAUGUACAUACGAAUUGAAAAUGUAAGAACUGCCAUGACGAAUAGUAGCGUGUAUUUUCACCGUAUAUCUUACUGCAAACGCUACACGAUAAGAAAUAGCGUCGCAGUCUAAACUCAAUUAUUGGCGUAAUUUCGUCUGUCGGUCUUAUUGUUUCGCAGUAUUCAUUUUGCAAAAAAGUACGGUAUGCAAGAAGUCUUCAAAGCUAGGCUGAGCUAACGAAAAAUUAACCGUCUAAAUAAGCAUGUCUUAUAUUUAUUAUUUUUAUUAUUUAAGCAUAGGCUAUGUUGAGCAUAGGUUUUAAUAGAUUUUGUUAUGAGUAUUUGGAACCUUUUUAAUUUAUUGUUUUAGUACAUAGUAAAGUAUUUUUCUAUGUACAACAAGAAAGUGUCUCGGAUUUUUUGUGUAUUCAUAAAAUUUAUAAAUUUUUUUAAAUGAACGAAAUAUAUACACUGAGUUUAAUUCAAUAUUAUAAUAUUGCAUAUAUUUUCAUUAAUUGUAUUGCCAAUUGAGUCAUUUUUCGA